AAGAUAACACUUACUCAAACGUGUAAUACUAACGCAUAAUUAGGUCACAGAGAUAAAGUGUUUGAAGAUAAGAAAGCCCCUGUUUAUGAUGGCGGGGUAAUAUAUCGAGGUGCUCGCUGUUAUAUUAUGUUAACUUAAAGAUAAUUUUCAAGGAUGUCGCUUUCGAAAUAUUUAUUAGUAGAAGAGUAUUUGUCCGAUAGUGACAGUUGGGAACUAACGGCUGCAGAUGAAAAAGUGGAGAUCAUUCGAAAACCCUCAAGAUUGCGCCCGUCAACCACCUUAACAUUGACGUUUUCCACUCACCUGUCCAUUUCCUUAUCGAAAGUGACGUCAUAUCGUCCCGUUAUAUUUGACACGGUGGUUACAAAUCAUGAUAAUACUUUCAACAUAAAAACGGGGCGAUUUACUGCGCCCUUUAAGGGAACAUAUGUCUUUUUUGUCACAAUAACAAGCACUGAAAGACUUAAGGCAACGUUAAGUUUAAUACACAAGUUUCACCCAGUUGACAAGGCAAAAGUGAAGAAUAGAGAACAAUUUAUCGAAGGAUUUAACACAAGAACAAUGACAGUUGUGCUUCACCUUGAUAAAGAAGAUAAGGUAUGGGUAAUUAAUGCCACCAAGGUGUCAGAUGUAAACCAAAUGCUCGAACCAUACUAUACAACAUUUUCUGGAGGAUUAGUUGAAAGGCAGAACAAUAUUUGAGUUCUACUGCAACAACGUGAAAAUUAAAUUGACUUGGCACAAAUUACUAGACUAUAGAAGUCACACAGUUGUAUUCACAUCAUGUUUAGCGAAAAAAGUCUCUAAUUUGUCGUUAUUAUAUAUACAAUGAAUAAGUUAGGUCUGAUUGGCCAGCAUGCUUUCUCCGAACAAAUUGCCAUUUAAUGUGAACAGUUUUGCAUUUAAAAGAAAUGUGUGAAGAAUUACAUGUCGAAAGUACUAUACAUCAGGCAGGAAAACUGGACAAUAAGAACCUAUAUUUUGAUAUUGAACAAUUUUUGUCACUAGUGAAUUGUACGUGAAGUAACGAUUGGCACUGUUACUAUGAAUAGUCAAACAAACAUGUCAAUUCAAAGUAAUAUAUUUACACCUUUUUCUAGCAAUCCAGUUAUAGACUCAUCAGUUUGUGCAAUGUCAUGAAAAAGCCACUAAAACAAAUACAGCUUAUAUAAGUGUGUACAUCGUAUGUGGAUACUUGAACGUUCAUAUUCAAACGUAGGUGCCUGAACAAUUAACAGUAUGGUAAUGAAUGAUAUAUAAAGCAUUGCCUUCAAAUAAAACCAGGACUCUGUAUCAAUGAAAUUUGAUUCCAAUACAUGAGAACGUCUUCCCAACUUAACGUUUGAUAUAACAAAACCAUUUUCUGCAACUGCAAGUAAAGUACUUGGAACUUG